AUGCUCCAGGACGGCCCGCACACCGUCAUCUCCAUUGGAUCUGCGCCGAGCAAGGCAGCUUCCGAACACAAGAGCGAGAAAGCGGGGAAGGAGUGCGGGUUGCCCGUGAUCAUGCCCGGGGAUAACAUCGCCAAGUUCUACGCCAGGCCAUGCCCGCACGAGGCCUGUUUACCUGCAGCAGCAGGAGAGAAGGGCCAAGUCGAGGUGCAAGUCAGAUGUGCAGUUUCGUGA